CUAGCCAAUAGGAAGAAGAGAGAUAAAAACAUUACUAUUAUUGACUAACUACCUAGAAGGACAAGAAAGGAAUAUAGUAAAUAUUAAUGAUAAUAAUAAUUAAAAUAAAAACGAAAAUUAAACCCAUGAUUUAUUAAGAGACGGCGGAAGCCAUUAUCGAAAGACGGUUGUCCUCUCUAACCCUAAACCUUCUCGCCGUCGGCCUCCACUCGGCGCGAAGCUCAUUUCGAACACCAUUCGGAGACUCAGCAACACUCGUCGUCCCGUUCCCCCGACAACCAAGCUUCGUCAGCAAUCCCGACGUUUUUGUCUCGUUGCCAUCCCGACGUCGGCGUCCCGUGGACACAUCGUCAGGUCACCAUCUUCCCGUCGUCACGACGCCAUCAUGCCGUUAAUUUCCCGUCAGCUUCCUCGUUCCCAUCCCGCCGCAUCCUGCCUAACUCCAUCGUCAUCCCGUUGCCAUCCGACAUCUCCCCAUCCGGUCGUCGCCCCCAACUUGCCAGUCUCCCGUUGUCACUCCUCCUGACGGAAGUUUUUGCAGAAGGAGGAGAAGAUGUGUCGAGGCGGAUUUAGUUCAUAAUAUUAUUGUUUACGUUGAAAAAUGACAAGAAUUUCUUAAUAAUGAAUUCGUCAUUUGUUUUAAAUUAUGUAGAAAAUAUUAAUAAUGAUAUUGUAUAUUGUUAACAAUACUGAGCUAAAGUUGAUAAUAGCGUCACUUAAAUGUUUACAACACAAUUAAAUCGUGAUUCAAUUUGAUUGAGAACAUUAAUAAUAGCGUCACUAAAAAUGUUAAUAAUGUAGGCGAAAACACUAAUAUAAACUGUUAAAACGUUGACAACUCAGUUACGUUGCUUUAAAAACCUCAAAUUAGAAGCUAAUCUUAUUGUGACAACAUUUUAGUUACUGGUUAAUAAUUCUGAUGAUCUGAUUAAUAUUAAUGAUGUGGCAGGCUAAUAAUGUUUACAACAUGAUUGAUAAAUCGCAUUUCAAUUUGAUUGAGAACGUUAAUAAUAGCAUCACCGGAAAAUGUUAAUAACGUAUGUGAAAAAACUAAUAUGUAUUUUUGACAGCAUUGACAACUCCGUUACGUUGCUCUACAAAUCUCAAAUCAGAGGCUCCCCUUAUUGUCACAUGGUUUUAGUUACCUGUUAACAAUUUCAGUAAUAUAAUUAAUAAUAGAGACGCGGAGGUUAACAAUGUUGACAACACGACCAUUAAUUCACCUUUUUUACUGAUAACUAUAGUAGCGUCAGCAAAAAAUGUUAAUAAUUGAAGUCUUUAAAUUAAGAAUCCACUUUGCACGAUUAAUAAGGUCGUAUUUUUUGAUUAAUAGUUAAUAAUUGAAAUGUUAAUAGUAGCGUCAGCAAAAAAAUGUUAAUAAUUGUCACAUGGUUUUUUACACAAUUAAUAAGGUCGUAUUUGUUGAUUAAUAAUGCUUGUGUUUGUUGUUAAUAAUUGAAGUGUUUAAAUUAAUGAUCCACUUUGCACGUAAUUUGUUAGUUGUUUCAAAUUAUUAAUUAAAAAGGAAAUGUUUAAUAAUUCAAUGGGUUAAUAAGUAAAAGUAAUUACUCGGAGAGGGAUGAUUAAUAAUUCAUGAGGUAGUUGUUAAUAAUUGAAGUGUUUAGGUUAAUAGUAAACUUUGCAUGAAAAAUUUCAUUGUAAUUUUAGGUUAAUAAUCCAAGAAGGGACAUGGUUAAUAAUUAAAGUGUGCGAGUUAAUAAUUUAAUUUGCAUGUUAAUCUUCAAUGUCUUUUUGGAAUAGUAAUUUUAAAGUAGUUGAUUAAUAAAGAAGGAAUUUUUUUAUUACAAAUUGAAUGCUUUAAUAAGUAAAGGUUAUUAAUACGAGAGGAAUGAUUAAUAAUUCAUCGACGCAACGAAAAACCUCACAAAUAUAAAAUAAAAAUUGGAGAUGGAAAAAUUGACGUGCACAGAUUGAUUGACACAAAUAAUUUACUUGCAUGACAUAUUGAUUAAUAAUAGAGAACAAAAGGUUGAGAACGAGCACAUAUUGAUUAACAAUGGAUACACAACACAAUUUAUAAACGCCCACAGAAUGAUUAAUAAUAGAUGCCAAAAUAAAUUAUAAACGAGCUCAGAUUGAUUAACAAUGGAUACACAACGAGCUCAGAUUGAUUAAUAAUUUACACAAAAAAGACUACGAAUGCCCACAAAAUGAUUAAUAAUAGACACCAAAUAAAUUAAAAACGACCUACUAUUGUGCAUCGACUACUCCUCCCAUGCAACGCCAAAACCCUAAUCCCAUGUAACGCCAAAACCCCGCAAAUACGAAAUAAAAAUUGUUAAUAAUUAAAGGAUUUAGGUUAAUAAUCGGAUAAGGGAAGAUUAAUAAUGAAGUGGGUAGUUGUUAAUAAUUAAAGGUAAUAGUUUUGUUAAAUUUUCAACGUUGCAGCAAUGGGAUGGAGAACUCGAAUCGUCGGCCGGCUGCUGUGCUUUGCGAAGGCUGCUGCCGCCGACGAGAGGUUGCUGUGCUUUGCGACGGAGAAGGGACGGACACAACGGCUGACCGAGAAGGGACGGAAUCGUCUGCAUGGAAGAAGGGACGGAAUCGUCGGCUGACCGAGAAGGGUUGUUGUGCUUUGCGAAGGCUUUGCGACGGAGAAGGGACAGAAACAACGGAGAAGGGACGGAAUCGUCGGCACGACGACUGGCUGCUGUCCUUUGUCGGAAAUCUCAGCGGGAGGAAGACGGAAACAACGGCUGAUGGACUCGGGACGACCGGACGACGGAGAACUCGGGACGGAGAAGGGACGACCGGACAACGGACUGAGAAGUUGGGACGACAGUCGGAGAAGUCGGGGAGACGGACAUUUGCUCUUCUUGCGAGAGGAAUAAUAAACCGACGAAAAGCAAUGGGUUAGGGUUUUUGAAGAAAAAAAAACGCAUGUUUUAAUUUAAUUAUAUUCUCCUUAAUACCCCUAACAACUUUUAAACUAAUAACUCCCUACUAACUACCUGAUCUUGAGUUAACCAAUCAGAAGGCUUUAAGUUCCUCCUUAAAAAAGAGGCCUUAAGGACCUGAACUUAGGCCCCUGCUAAAUAGAGACGGGAACACGAGCAGAGAGUGAAAAUAUUCUUACUAAUACAAAGAACCAAUGCAAGGACACAGUCGAUUUUUACGUGGUUUCCGAUACUGAUAAAUCAGUAUCGACUAGUCCACUGUCGAAGGAUCUCUGAUUUGAGUCCUUCGACGUUUCACUAUGAUGAUUGUUGAUCGAUUUACAAGGUACAAAAGGUUGAUCUCAGUGUGACUCCCAGUCACUUGAUCAGAAUCUCACUGUAGAGUUUGCUUCCUGCAACCACUCUACCCUGAUACCCCAAUUCUGUAGCCUGAGUUCUCUCCCUGACAACUAUGUUCUUUUUCUUUCUCAAAACACUACACGAAAACACUCUGUUUUUCUUCUUGAGAAUGUGCUCGAAAAAGAUGAUCACUAUCUACCCAGAAUCCCAAAUUUAUAUGGUUUGCUUCAGUAGACCAUUGCUUGCAAAUCUGUGAAUCAAUUGUUAUUCCUUGAUUGCCUUGAUUGAUCACACCAUCAGAACCUUUCCUUUUUUGAUGUUCCAGAAUAUCCAAGAUAUCUUGCCCUUCUUGCUUUGCUUGAUUUCUCGAUGCUAUUGACCAAGCUUCCUUCAACAUUAACUUUUUUACAAGAACACAUAGAGAAAAUACUUAAUAAAUGAAUGAGAAAUACAGUAGAAGUAAUAAUUGAGUGUAAAUCAUUCAACCAUAGAGUAUAAUAUUUCUUUGCAAUGAAAAUGUGAUUUUAGAAAGAUAAAAAAGGAGAAAUACAAGUGGAUAUUAUUGCAAAUCAAUAGAACGGGUAGAGAACAAGGCUGGUCGAAAGCAAUACCUAUACCCCGCCCCACGCUUCUAUAGAUCGAGUAAUACCCGCUCUAAAAAAGUCGAGACAGGUCGAGUCUCAUGAGUAUAUUGUCUACUAUCAUAAACUAAUUGGUCCCAAUUACUUGAGUUGUUGGGGGAGGUCCAUGGUAGGUACUUAACUUAACCACUUUUUUAAACGCCUCCUCAAACCAAAGCCGAUUCAUGGGCUUGAAAUUUGAACAGACUAAUCAUACCAUGGCUUUAAGACAAUAGUUUAAUAUUGGGGUCAUUUGAACACAUGACCUCAAAGUCAAACCGACUCUAAUACAAAUAUCAUAAACCAACUGUUUUCAAUAACUCAAAUUGUUGUGAGAUGUAUAUUUAAACACUUUCUUACACCUACAUGCUACAUGUGAUAGAGUCUAGCUCAAAGCCUGACAAACUCUUGUUUUAGCUAGGGGUGUUAGUUCGGGUCGGGAUCGGUUACCCGAACCGAAACCCGAAAAAACCCGAAAACUCAAAACCAAAAACCACUAAAAUCAAACCCGAAACCGAUAAGGACUUGCGGGUUUCGGGUAACCCGAACCCGAUAAGGACUUGCGGGUUUCGGUUACCCGAAACCCGAAAACCCAGACACCUAAGAAUACGGAUUGAGUUCUAUUCAUUGGAGGUUUUUAGCCGGCACCCGAAAAACCGAUAAACAAAACCGAACCAG